AUGGUAAUUGAAAACUUUCCGCGGAUCCCGGACCAUGCCGCGGGUUCUUACUGCGUUUCCGAUACGAUCCAGACCAGCAAAAGUGCGUGGAAUUCAAUUACGGCGGAUGUCGUGGGAAUCGCAACAAUUUCAACUCAUUGUCGGAUUGCCAAAAAGAAUGCGAAGGAAAGUAGUACUGCAAAAUCGACCAAAUGGUGCAAGAUUAUCAAGCAAAAUCAUUGCGCCUUACUGUGGUUCACUGAUUAA